CUUUACCUGUAAACAAAUCAGAUAUAUCCGGGCUUUUAACUGCAGUCGGAUUAUUUCUGUUUUCGAUAAUGUAGAAACAAGAGAAAUGUCGUCUGCUUUUGGAAUUAUCAUCCUCGUUGCCUUGGCGAUUAGUUUGCCAUGCGUCGAAGGCGGAUUUUGGAGCUGGGCAAGAGGGUGGAGCGAGGAAGAGCCAGCGAACUGCCCGAGUAGAAACAACGUCACACAUGUCUGCUCUUCCAUCGAAUCCAGCAAUGGCACUUGCUUCACAAUCAAAUGUUGCGACGAUUUUUCAUACGAUGAAUCGUUCGAGUCGAUUUCCGACAGUAGUUAUGAAAGUUAUGAAGAAAGUAGUCAUGGACGCAGCUGUAGAUUGUGCUACUCCUCUCGCACAUGCGCACUGUACAAAUGUUACCGGUCUUGCUGCGAACGUUAUGAACGAGAUGCCUGGGGGAGAUGCAGUAACAAAACGGGAGAGCUUCAAUGUGAAAAUGGAGGAGUGUUACGUCAUACAUGGUGGGGAGUUCCGUUCUGCAAGUGUCCGAGUGGGUUCCGGGGUCACAACUGCGAAAUCCGUAAGAUUAUUUUAUGGAAAUACAUUAAGAACACUUAAAUUGUUAAUUUCAAC